CAACAGGGCAAGCAGUUGUCAGUUGCCUAAAUAUUGAGUUUAUUUAGGGAUUGAGUUAUAGUUUUUCCUAGAUAAAUUCGUUGUUUUCUAGUGAAACUUUAGGAUUUCUACUGCUGCAGCUUCCCCAGUUCGGUCUGACCAUGGCGUUGAAGAACCAAGUGGGCCAAAAAAUAAUGAACGAGGUGAUCAAGUACAAGCCGCCGUCGAAGAAAAAUGGGACUGCAGGGGGCAAAUUGGAGUGGCGCGUCCUGGUCGUGGACAAACUGGCGAUGCGAAUGAUCUCGGCCUGCUGCAAGAUGCACGACAUUUCGGCCGAGGGCAUAACAUUGGUGGAGGACAUCUUCAAGACCAGGGAGCCCCUGGCUACCAUGGAUGCGGUCUACCUGAUCACCCCUUGCAAGGAGUCGAUUGAGGCCCUGAUGCGCGACUUUGACGGCAUCAAGCACAUCAUGUACAAGGCGGCCCACGUCUUCUUCACGGAAGCAUGCCCCGACCAGUUGUUUAACGACCUGUGCCACCACACAGUAGCUAAAUACAUAAAAACCCUGAAAGAAAUCAACAUUGCCUUUGUGCCAAGCGAAGCUCAGGUGUUUUCCCUGGACUGUGCCGAGACGUUCCAAUGCUACUACAACCCGGCCUACGCCCAGAAGUAUGGCGCCAACCUGGAGCGGAUGGCCGAGCAAAUUGCCACCCUUUGCGCCACAUUAGGCGAGUACCCGUCGGUUCGCUAUCGCAGCGACUGGGACAAGAACGUGGAGUUGGCGCAGCUUAUUCAGCAGAAGCUAGAUGCUUACAAGGCGGAUGAGCCCACCAUGGGCGAGGGCCCAGAGAAGGCGCGCUCCCAGCUGCUGAUUCUGGACCGCGGCUUCGACUGCGUCUCGCCCUUGCUGCACGAGCUUACUUUCCAAGCCAUGGCCUACGAUCUGCUCAACAUCCAGAACGACGUCUAUGAGUAUGAAGCAUCGGUCGGCGUCAAGAAGGAGGUGCUGCUGGACGAGAAUGACGAGAUGUGGGUGGAGCUGCGUCACCAGCACAUCGCCGUUGUGUCGCAGAGCGUCACCAAAAACCUGAAGAAGUUCACCGACUCGAAGCGGAUGACCGCCAGCGACAAGCAGUCGAUGAAGGACCUCUCGACGAUGAUCAAGAAAAUGCCGCAGUACCAAAAGGAGCUGUCCAAGUACGCCACCCACCUCCAGCUGGCCGAGGACUGUAUGAAGCAGUACCAGGGCUAUGUGGACAAGCUCUGCAAAGUCGAGCAGGACUUGGCCAUGGGCACCGAUGCAGAAGGCGAGAAGAUCAAGGAUCACAUGCGCAACAUCGUGCCCAUUCUGCUCGACCCGAAGAUCUCUGAGCAGUACGACAAGAUGCGCAUCAUAGCGCUGUAUGCGAUGAUCAAGAACGGGAUCACCGAGGAAAACCUGCAGAAGCUGGCCACCCAUGCCCAGAUCGCCCAGAAGCAGACCAUCUCCAACAUUCAGUACCUGGGGGUGAACGUGGUGAACGAUGUGAGUGAAUCAGGUGAGAAGUUUGUUUCGUUUUCACCGCCAGAUGGUUUGCAGGGCGGCAACCGCAAGAAGCAGUACACAGUGCCGCGCAAGGAGCGAAUCACCGAGCAGACCUAUCAGAUGUCCCGCUGGACGCCCGUGGUCAAGGACAUCAUGGAAGACUGCAUCGAGGACAAGCUGGAUCAGAAGCAUUUUCCGUACUUGGCCGGUCGGGCUCAGAGCACGGGAUACCAUCCGCCUGCCAGCGCCCGCUAUGGCCACUGGCACAAAGACCGCAGCCAACCCACGGUUAAGAACGUGCCCCGUCUCAUCGUCUUCGUAGUGGGCGGCAUUUGCUUCUCCGAGGUGCGCUGUGCGUAUGAGGUGACCAACGCCCUUAAAAACUGGGAGGUGAUCAUCGGCUCUUCCCAUAUACUCACUCCCAGAGCUUUCCUCGACCAGCUAACGGCCCUCACUCCCAACUAGAACACACCCAAGAAGGUCAGCUUCCGGAUGGUGGAUUGAUCCACCGUCUACAUUUCCGUUUAUGUUUAUCGGUAUACCAAAGGAUCGCUGCUCUGUUCAGGUGUCCUCCGGUAACUGAGUCUGCAGGGCGAGUCAGCCAACUGCACCGGUCUUAUUAGCUCGCCCUGUAUGUAUAUAAAGUAUUUCCUAAUUGUAAGUGAUGGCUUAACAGGCUUAUCGGGCCGUAGAUAUGAUGUUGAUGUGAACCAGUGGCACUGACCACUCACUAUCGCAAUUAUUCGAUGUUAGUUAGUUAUUAAUCUGCUUCAACUUAAUUAGAUGUUGAUAGUUUAUCUUUGUUACAUUUUAGCCUUAACAUUUAUGUCGUUCCACUAUUCAGAUUUGCAAUAAAUUAGCUCGUGAUAGCGCCUU